AUGCUGAGUAUAGCAGAAGGUCUCCUUAUUUUUAUAGUACUUGGUGAAUCAAUAUUGGGGGUUUUAGGAAAUGGAUUUAUUGGACUUGUAAACUGCAUUGACUGUGUCAAGAACAAAAACUUUUCUGUAAUUGGCUUGAUUCUCAUUGGCUUAGCUACUUCGAGAAUUUUUCUGAUAUGGAUAAUAAUUAUAGAUGGAUUUAUAAAGUUAUUCUCUCCACAUUUGUACUCCUCUGGAAUCCUAACUGAACCUAUCACUUAUGCAUGGAUAUUUAUAAGUCACUUAAGUAUCUUGUUUGCCUCCAGUCUCAGCAUCUUCUAUUUACUGAAGAUAGCUAAUUUUUCCCACCACAUUUUUCUUUGGUUGAAGUAUAGAAUCAAUAGAGUACUUCCUCUUCUCAUGGGAUUGAUGUCUGUUUCAUGGUUAUUUACUUUUCCACAAAUUGUUAAGAUUAUUGAUGAUUUUGAAAUAGGCAAUAGAAACAAAACCUGGCCUCUCACCGUAAGUAAAAUUGAAUACGUUACUAACCACAUUUUGCUCAAUCUGGGAGUCAUUUUCCUCUUUACACUGUGCCUGAUUUCAUGCCUCUUGUUAAUCAUUUCUCUUUGGAGACACAACAGGCAAAUGCAAUCGAGUGCCCUAGCUGUCAAAGACUCCAGCACAAAAGCACAUGUGAAAGCAAUGAAAGUGUUGAUAUCUUCUCUCAUCCUCUUGAUCUUGCAUUUUGUAGGCAUUACCCUAGAACUAUCGUGCUUUUCUGUACCAGAAAGCAAAUUGCUGUUUAUUUUUGGUAUGGCCACCACAAUCACCUAUCCCUGCGGUCACUCAUUUCUCCUGAUUCUAGGAAACAGCAAGUUAAAGCGGGCUUUUCUGAAGGUACUAUGGCCUUUAAAUAACUAA